AUGUUGUUCAGCAAGCCAACUACGGAAUCAACCCGGCAUUACUACUCCAAGGACAAGUUAUUUGAAAAGUCGCUGGAUAUUUACAAGCCAAUUGACAAUGACAACAAUAAAGGAGCUAAAGAUGAUGCCUCCAAAGAAGAAGAUUUGCCCAUUGUGAUUCUGGUCGUUGGUUCUGGCUGGGUUGGACAUCGCGCAUUUGUGUAUGCCGGGACUUCUUGGUGGAAUUCCAGCGGCCCCAAGACCAUUGCCAGUUUGGGUACCACAUGUGUCUGCAUCCGUCAUCGAGGAGCCUUUUGUGUUUUGCCCCAGAGGGAAGUUGUGGUCCAGUAUUUGACGCUGCUAUUUGCCACGGUGGGAGCUAUUACGGGCGGUCAUUGGGAUGUGGCACUCGCAGUGACAGUGCCAUUGGCUGUUUUGCUCAUACUCCUGGCUCUAGGAGGCAGAGGAAGUGCAACUUUGGAUGAUAUGCUCGAAGAUGUCGUCGAAGCAAUCCAGUGGAUAGACAGUCAUCGAGACUUGUUGGAGUUGCAUUCAUCGUCAUCGGUUCCAACUACAACAAGUACCAGCGUUGUUGGCAAAAAAGACAGCAUGGACAGUACACAAUCUCAAACCACAAUCCCCUCGGAAACAUCCACUACUUUGUCUGCAUCCACCGGGUCGUCCGACUUGUCGUGCUCGGAUAACGGCAACACGAAGGAACAACCAAUGGAACCUGCCACAGAUGCCAGCAGGAAUCCUCGCGCUGCAACGCCCAUGGUCUUUGGGGGCUACUCAUCAGGAGGUCAUGUGGCUACCACUCUCUUGCAUCAGCCAAAACGCUUCCAAAAACAUGGCUUGUCACCACCCGAAGAGCUCUUUCAGGGCAUUUUGGUCAUUUCGGGAAUGAUGGCGGUGCGACCAGAACGCAUCACAGUGCAGGAUUGCAAGACCCAACAACCAAUUACCAUUGCCACUCCAUCUGGCUUGCCCACCUUCUUGACCAACCUUGUGUUACAGACUGUAUGGGGUGCCGAAACAGCCAAACACAUCCCCUCCCCCCUGACCCAAGCAAGACCUCCUCCGGCACUGCCGCACCUUCUGGUGGGUUGUCGCAACGAAAUGUUUGGUCUCAACUGGCUCGAUGUCUACUUUUGUUCCGCCGAGUAUCGCGACAAGGUACAAGCCCUCACGGGACAAGUGGCAAAAUAUGUACAAGUAGAAUCCGAUCACUGGAAUGUUUUGAGUAGUACGGCAUUACGAAAUGCCUUGCAAGAAGAGUUGCCACAGUUGGUGGGGGCCAAGAAUCCUGAUUAG